UCAGGAAGGUCGUCACAAAUGUGACAUUGAAUUACAAUAUAAAACAUCCACUGACAUUAGAUGUGUAUGGAUCCACUGAUUUCAAUGGGACAUAACAAGAAGAAGUAGUGUGUGCAACUUCCCAGACAGGCGAACGAUAAGAGAUGAAGAAGAACGGCACGAGUGUCAACGUCAUGGCUGAAUCUGGAGGAAAUGGAUGUUUCAACAACAUCCUCUGGUUCACUGCUGUGUUUAGUGUGACGUCACUGCUGCUGGAGUCAGUCAAGUCUUACACCGUGUCUCAGAUCACAGCCCUGGAAAAGCAGUUUGGGCUCAGCAGUACAAGAAGUGGCCUCCUCCUAAGCUGCAACGAAAUCGGUUAUCUUUCAGCUAUUUUCUUCUUCAGCCAUUUUGGGGGGAAGCGCUUUAUACCUAGGAUCCUGUCCUGCGCAGUGGCCGUGUAUGGCAUUUCUAGUCUAAUGUCAGGUCUGUUACACUUCAUGAAUCCUGUAUCGCUGCCUGGUGAAGAGGACGUAUUCUCCAAUUAUUCCUCUCAACAAAGUGCCAGGCUGUGCCAGGAUUCCGUUCAUGAACAUGAGAGAUGUUCAGCCACGAAGGACCAAGCGACUGACAACGGACGUUGGGUGUACAAUGUGCUUGCCGUGCUUAUGGUGCUACAAGGAGUGGGUAAAUCCCCACGGUUUUCCCUGGGUUUACCGUACGUUGACAAUAAUUCCCGUGACAAACAGCAGUCAAGCUUACUAACAGGUAUCAUUAUGACUAUGGCGUUCCUUGGACCAGCUGUUGCACUCGGUCUUGGUGGAUGGUUCAGCAAUUUUCCUCUUAAUCUUAACGACACACAGUUAGAUAAAAGUAGUCCGCAGUGGAUCGGUGCAUGGUGGAUCGGGUAUCUGGUGCUUGGAAGUGCAGCUCUCUUCCUUGCUGUACCAUUAGGCUGCUUUCCAAGGCACAUAAAGAAGCCGACAGUCAAAGACACGACCAAGUCACUGAAAGAUGAUGUAUUGGACAUGCCAAGGGCGGUAUUACGAAUAUUAAAAAAUCCAGUAGUCGACUGUCUCCUCUUUGGAAGCGCCAGUGGCUUGUUCUUUGUUGGUGGUUAUUUAAGCUUUGCUCCAAAAUACAUCGCGAACCAAUUUGCUACGACAGCAGCUGAGGCGAACUUCAUACUGAGUAUUCUAGAGCUGUUGUGGGCGGUUGUGGGCACCCUUCUUGGAGGCAUAGUCACCAGCCGACUCCGGCUUACCAGCAUUGGAUGUACAAAGCUCACGACCAUAGUGGUAUCAAUUGGAACUGUCCUCUAUUCUCUAACGUUGGUCUUAGGGUGUGACAGCCAGAACAUCAAAGGGUUAGGUGACAGCGGCUACUCCAUGGUCAACAAUACGUCUUGCAACUGUGAUGCAACUGAGUUCAUGCCUCUGUGUGGAGUUGACAACGUGACGUAUAUCAAUCCCUGUAUGGCAGGAUGCCAGUCUCAAAAUGGCACAACAUACACAGGAUGCAGCGAGAUUCCUGGUAACGAGGGCACAAUGGGCAGGUGCCCGACAGAUUGUCCCUACCUGUAUCCCUACAUCACUGUUGACCUGGUGUCCGGCCUGGCGGCGACAUUUGGCUUAGUCCCUGUCAUGAUGACAAUAAUGAAAACAGUGCACCCAAGGGACAAAUCCAUGGCUGUCGCUAUGUCAUCUUUCCUGAAUAGUUUCAUCGGUUUCCUUCCAUCAUCUAUAGUGUAUGGAAAGGUCAUUGACACCACGUGCACUCUCUGGGAAACAACGUGUGGUGAGGUCGGAGCAUGCGCACUGUAUGAUCUCCCUAGCCUACGGUAUCGUAUGAAAGGGAUGGACACGGGACUUCAGUUGCUAUCGUCAGUUGGCUUCUUUGCAGCUUUCCUUUUGCUCAAGUAUGGUGUCGUUAAGGAGUAUCCUGAUUCAGAAGUACCACCAACACAGCCUGAAGCUGCUGAAGAUAUCGAGAAACAUGAUGUUCAGUCUACACAGUUUUAAAUGUUCAUUUCAGACAGAAUCAAACUGGGCUUGCUUUUAGGAUGAUGUACAUUAACCUAAUACAAGUACACUACACCCUGGUUAUAAUGCCAGCGUUUGUCCAGGAGAAAAUAUGGCUCUAUAUCCAGAGAAUAUGGCAUUAUAACCAGGUAGGACAGUUAGAGGACCUGUGCAAUCAAGAAGGUGAUUGAGAAGAUGUCUCCUGUAAUUAACCUUGGAUGACUAGAUAAUCCCAGCGCUGCAGGUGACUUGUUGUUGUAGGUGGCAGAAGUGUAUUGCCACAUGUGUUAUCCUAUCUGGCAUUACAUGACUGCUUUAAGCAUUAAUGAGUUUAGUCAAUCAAUUUGAGUCAUGUCAAUUAACCAAUUAUGGUAUGUAUACUACAUGCUUCCAGUGUAAUUGUCAUUAUAACCAGGGGAAAAUGACUUUUGUUCCAAAACACAUUGCAAAUGCUAGUAUAUCCAGGAUGGCAUUAUAAGCAGGGAGCACUGUAAAUGGACCAGAUACCAAAUUCCGCUCCUGUAUACUGUUAUAUAAGGAUCAAACUAUAAUAAUAAAAUAUAAGAGGUGUCAAA